AUGAGUGGCACCGGCGCCAAGUCCAGCCACCUGUCUCAGCCGGUCGUGAAGAGCGUGCUGGUGUACCGCAACGGGGACCCCUUCUUCGCGGGGCGCCGCGUCGUCAUCCACGAGAAGAAGGUGUCCAGCUUCGACGUCUUUCUGAAGGAGGUGACGGGCGGCGUUCAGGCGCCUUUUGGGGCCGUCAGGAACAUCUACACCCCGCGGACCGGCCACCGCAUCCGGAAGCUAGACCAGAUCCAGAGCGGGGGCAACUACGUGGCUGGGGGCCAGGAAGCCUUCAAGAAACUCAAUUACUUGGACAUAGGAGAAAACAAAAAAAGACCAAUGGAAGCUGUUCAUACAAAGGUAAAACCAGUGAUUCACAGCAGAAUCAAUGUGUCAGCUCGCUUUAGGAAACCACUUCGAGAACCUUGCACGAUCUUCUUGAUUGCAAAUGGAGACCUCAUAAGCCCAGCUUCUCGCCUCCUCAUCCCUAGAAAAGCCUUGAAUCAGUGGGAUCAUGUACUACAAAUGGUCACGGAAAAAAUAACUCUGAGGAGUGGGGCUGUCCAUAGACUUUAUACUUUAGAAGGAAAACUUGUUGAGAGUGGGGCAGAGCUGGAGAAUGGGCAGUUUUAUGUGGCUGUUGGCAGAGACAAGUUUAAGAAAUUGCCUUAUGGUGAAUUACUUUUUGACAAGUCAACAAUGAGAAGGCCUUUUGGCCAAAAAGCUUCUUCACUACCUCCUAUUGUAGGAUCCAGAAAGUCUAAAGGGAGCGGAAAUGAUCGCCAAUCUAAGUCAACAAUUGGAUCCAGUGACAACUCAUCUCCUCAGCCCCCGAAGAGGAAAGGGAAGAAAGAAGAGGCGAAUUCAGAAAAACCCACAAAAGUGAAACACAAUGUAAAGUUAAAGAAUUCACAACAAACAAUUCCAAACAGUGAUGAAGGCAUUUUCAAAGCUGGAGCAGAGAGGUCUGAAACACGGGGAGCAGCAGAAGUCCAAGAAGAUGAAGACACUCAGGUUGAGAUUCCCGUCGAUCAGAGGCCAGCAGAAAUAGUAGAUGAGGAAGAAGAAGGAGAGAAAGCAAGUGAGGAUGCAGAACAGAAAGAAGACUUCUCAGGAAUGAAUGGUGAAGUUGAAGAUGAAGGAGGAAGGGAGGCUACAGAAGCUACUGAGCAAGUCGAGGAGAUCCUGGAUCACAGUGAGGAGCAGGCAGGUCCUGCUCGUGUAAGUGGAGGUACUGAUGAAGAAAAUGGCGAGGAACUGGAUCAGGCUAAUAAUGAACUUCAACCAGCAGUGGACGAGGAAAGAAAGUCUCAAGGGGCUGGCAGUGGACAGGAUGAGGCUGAUUUAGACCCUCAAAGACCACCGAGGCCAGAAGUAAAAAUCACUAGUCCGCAAGAAAAUGAAAACAACGAACAAAACAAGGACUGCGCUGUUGUGGCAUAG